CCCACCAAACUAACACACGAACACGCACACGCACACACUCACUCAAACGGGAAAGAUCGACAUUUCAUGCCGGAAUUCCCACUUUAGUGAAUGAAAAACUAACGACAUUUUUAUUUUAAACAGCUGGAUCGUCCGUCUUUAACAAUCUUUGUGCUUUGUUUAGGACAACAAAAAGGGACUGUUUUUUGUUUGUUAGUUUGUUUGUUUGAUAAAACAUUUACGGUGAACGUGGAGCUAUGUUUAGAAGAAGCAAGAGUAAAGUACUGGUGGAUUCGGCGUCAGAAGAAGACGACAUGUCCUGGCACUACCAUCACUCUUACAAGGACAAAGACAUAGAAGGAGAGGAAGAGGAGGAGGAAGCUGUCACAGCAGUAUCCAAGGAGGCCAAGGUGAAGAAGAUCAUGUCCAAGAAAGAGAGAAAGGAGAAGAAGAUGUCCUCAAAAGACGAUGAACACUUUUUGUUGACCGGAGUGACGCCGGCAGACCAAAGAGGAUCUCACAAGAAAGUCAAAGAUGACGACAAGGACAAGAAGGAAAAGCCGGACAAAGGUCACUGUUUUUGGGAGAGCGUCACCAUGACUUUGAGGCAAAUAUCUUCCGUCAAAAAACUGGAGAAGACCAAUGACUGGGAGACGCCUCGGCCUCACCGCGACUCCAGUCAGACCCACGGCGCCCCGAAGGGGGUCGUGGAGGAGGAUCAAACCCGAAAAGAAGACUUGACCGAGCCUCUCUCUGACUCUCUAGACCUCCCGUUGGAGCUGGGCCAGACCGCAUGGUCCGGCCUGGAAGAGGACUCCUCUCACUACGCCAACCUGUCGGACUCCAAGGACCCCACGUGUGCUGUCCGGUGGACGGCCCGGGCCAAGGUGAAGCUGGCCGGGAUCAGCAGGAUGAGCAGAGGGAUGGCGUCGGAGAGUACGUGGGAAGGCUUGAAAUAGUCCACAAUUCCGCUUUGGUGACAUUUUGUGGCUGUCAAUUCUUCGCAGGACUUCCGGGAAAGCAGGGUAAGCUAGUAGGAGUGUCCCGAUACCUUGAUCAUAGGUCGAUAUCAAAUGAAACCCGAUACGAUAUCAGCAGGAAUCAUACAUACUUUUAUCAUUGUAGAGAGUGAAGAAGUUUAAAAAUGAGUUAAACACAAACAUCUUUAACAUUAACCAUCUGGGAUAAACUUACGCAGUCUUUACAUUGAAGUUGAGUGGUAAUUGUCUUUUUUUGGCAACACCUAGUGGCCAUGAUAUUUCAUUUAGUUGCUGUAAAUUGAGUGAUGCACACGCUUGUUACUUUAUACUUUCUAAUACACUUCUUCUGCCUUGGAUACUUUGCAUCUAUAAGUAAUAGACAACUAUAUUUAUUAUUUUUUGUAUAGACAAAUACAGGGUUUCAGAUAUAUUAUUUGAUUACGGACACGUACAACACGUGUCGAGCUUGUGUCUGCUUAGCUGUUGUGUAGCUGCUAGCUCCUAGUAGCUUAUGGUUGAUCUUUUUUAAGUAACUUCACUAUAAUACGAGAAAAUACCUACCUUGUGUGCUUAUUUGAGAACAUUUGGAUGUUAGCAGGACUGCUUGUAUCAGAGAUUUUACAUGCAAGCCGAUAUAAUCCCACACUCGUGUUUUCGCUGAUAUCGGUCCAAUAUCCGAUAUUAAUAUCACAUCGGGACACACCUAGUAGCGAGCCUGACAAUAAAGACAACGCUGUAGAAUUGGGGGAAAGGUCAUCUUUUGCUGGGAAGGUAUUAAUAUUAACAUAUAUAUUAUAGUUUUCUUCUGUUUUUUUCUACAGGACCCUUGUUAACGCUCUGUGCUGUUAUAAAGCCAAUUGAUGAAGUAUAAUUUUUUAGCGCAUAUUCCAGGGUCUUUAGUGACUCAACCGCAGGGAGUGCGAAUUUUGGCGAGACAUACAAAACCAGUGACGUUGGUCAUUGACAAUGAUUUGCAAAUCGUUUUCAACCUAUAUUCAAUUGAAUAGACUGCAAAGACAAGAUAUUUAAUGUUCCAACUGAGAAACGUAUUUGUUUUUGCAAAUAAGCAUUACCGUAUUUUUCGGACUAUAAGUCACAGUUUUUCUCAUAGUUUGGUGCGAUUAUACUCAGGAGCGACUUAUGUGUGAAAUUAUUAACACAUUACCGUAAAAUAUCAAAUAAUAUUAUUUAGCUCAUUCACGUAAGAGACUAGACCAGUGGUUCUUAACCUUGUUGGAGGUACCGAACCCCACCAGUUUCAUAUGCACAUUCACCGAACCCGAACCAUAAUCAUAAAAUGAUGUUGUUAUAUUAAAGAAAUACUAAUAAAGGUAUAUUUUACAAACGGAAAGUUACAGGAAUGAUCCCAUGUUUACAUCUCAUUGUGCAACAUGUGAAUGUUUUAGUGGGAACUAAAUGCAAUUUCUGAAAGGGGUACACAUUAUUUCCAAAGCAGGACCCCCCACCCAGACAUAUAAUACUAGUACACAGCUCAUGAAAAACAAUAUGUUAUAGUCAUUGUAAGUGGGUCAAAACACUUAUAUUAGAAAAUAAUCUCAUGGAAAUGACUGCUGUCAUUUGAUUACAAUAAUAAAACAUUGAACUUGUUAUUUAGUCAGGUUUGGGACAGGUGUGCUGCAGGUGUGACCACAGUGCAUGUGCACGUCUGACGUCGCUCACAUGUGCUCCACCGAAUGCUCAAGGAGUUUUUGCGUUUGCUCACACAUAUGGAAAAUUAGAGGGAACAUUGUUUGGGAGUAUCCAUAAUACGCCAACAGGGAGAAGUUUUUGUUUACACGAUGAGUCGGGUGUGUCUUGACCUCCGCGGCGGAGGCUCUGCCGAACCCCUGAGACCGACUCACCGAACCCAGGUUAAGAACCACUGGACUAGACGUAUAAGAUUUCAUCGGAUUUAGCGAUUAGGAGUGACAGAUUGUUUGGUAAACGUAUAGCAUGUUCUAUAUGUUAUAGUUAUUUUAAUGACUCUUACCAUAAUGUGUUUCGUUAACAUACCAGGCACGUUCUCAAUUGGUUAUCUAUGCGUCAUAUAACGUACACUUAUUCAGCCUGUUGUUCACUAUUCUUUAUUUAUUUUAAAUUGCCUUUCUAGUGUCUAUUCUUGGUGUUGGGUUUUAUCAAAUACAUUUCCCCAAAAAAUGCGACUUAUACUCCAGUGCGACUUGUAUAUGUUUUUUCCUUCUUUAUUAUGCAUUUUCGGCCGGUGCGACUUAUACUCCGGAGCGACUUAUACUCCAAAAAAUACGGUAACUUAGAAUUUAAUGACAGCAACACAUUGCAAAAAAGUUCAACAGUCCGGGGUCUCCUUUGUUGUAUUUUAGGUUUCAUAAUGCGCCACACAUUUUCAAUGGGAGACAGGUCUGGACUACAGGCAGGCCAGUCUAGUACCGACACUUUUUUACUAUGAAGCCACGCUGUUGUAACACGUGGCUUGGCAUUGUCUUGCUGAAAUAAGCAGUGGCGUCCAUAAUAACGUUGCUUGGAUGUCAACAUAUGUUGCUCCAAAAUCUGUAUGUUCCUUUCAGCAUUAAUGGUGCCUUAACAGAUGUGUAAGUUACCCAUGCCUUGGGCACUAAUACACCCCCAUACCACCACAGAUGCUGGCUUUUGAACUUUGCGCCUAUAACAGUCCGGAUGGUUC